AUGGUUAGAACAAAUAACCUAGGGCAUCCCAAAAAGGUGGUUGAAACCGAUGCAACCCCCUCGAAUCCUCCUCCUGUUGCUUCAACCGUGCCUCCUGCUGCUGCAAAAAUAGGAGAUUCAUCGCUUCCUCAGCGUGAAUCUCAGCCCGAGAAGCCAAAACAUCUUCCUAAGCAAGUGGCUCGAAAAUCUGUGCGCCCAUACAAAACCUGGACUUCUUCGUCGUCAUCUUCAAAGGAAUCUCCUCCACCUGCUGCAGGUUCUCCUCCUGCUGCAUCAGUUCCUGCCUCUACCCCAACUGGUCCUUCUACUCGCACUCGUGCCCAGCAAGCUUCAGUCGAGAAGGAACUUCGAUCAUCUCGAAGUCGUGACAAGCCAGCACCUCCAGCCAAGAAGCUUAAGACGAAUCCACCUUCGGUUUCUUCGAGUUCAGAAGAAGAAGAACCAAUGGAAGUCUCCUCUGAUAAAUCCGUAUCUCUCCAUUCUGAGAAGGAGAUUCUAGAGGACAUUGGAGUUUCCUCAGACAGUGAGGAAACUGAACUCGAGCCAGAGCCUCCUUUGACCAAAUCUGCUUCAACUCCUGCUCGAUCCUCUUCAGCAGCAAAGGCUUCUGCUGCUGCCAAAGGCAAGCAGCCAAUAAAGGAAUCCUCUCCUGGAAAAAUUCCUACAUCUCUCUCCUAUUGUCCUCGUUUCUACUAUCGUGAUAAUGAGGGUGAUUGGAAUUUGUAUGCUACCCAAAAGUUUGAGAGUGAGAGGAAUUACGAUUUGCAAGCUCAUAUGGUAUAUGGAAUUGUUAAAUUCAUUCAAUUUCAUCAAUGGGAAAACACUCUCACUGGUUUCAACGGGUACAUUGCUAACAUUGUCAAAGAUUUCUAUGCUAACCUAUCUGAUGAUUUUCUUGAUGAAAAUUCUAGACUUUUUUGA